CACUCGUCAAUAGUCGCUGUUCCGCAGUUCGCUGACUAAAAUUUAUAUAAAUUUAGUCCAUCUAAGAAAAUUUAGUGAGAUUUACAUUUAUUAUUAAAAUAGUUUUUCUAGUCUACUAAGCUUAGUUUUAUUCUGUAACAAGCAAUAACAAUUGAAUAAUCAUGGAAAACGACAUCUUAGACUCACUCAAUGAUUUGGGCUAUGAAGGUCCACUCUCAGAAGAAAUUGCAUUCUCCAAAGCCCUCGAUGGGGGAGCCAAGUCGCUUGAAUAUACUAAGCUGGUUCACAUUUUAGCUGAAGAGCUCAAGAAACUAUGUAAACUAGAAGAGACAGUUAAUAUGAUGAACAAUACGGAUGAAUCAAGUUCUUUCUUACUUGAAUUGAGCUCAUUUCUAAAGGAACUUGGUUGUCCAUACAAGAAAUUGGUAACAGGUCACAUGUCUUCCCGUCUUCAGAGUAAAGAGGAUAAAAUUCUACUCCUAGACUAUUUAAUAUCAGAACUGAUGGCAGCUAGAAUGAUAAGUGUGGACGGUCAGAAGGAUAAGCCUAGUUCUGGAAUGGAAAUUGUUAUGCAAGAAUCUCCAACUGCCAAGGAUUUAAAAGAUAUAUUAAUUACAUUGAAAUUCAACAAGCCCCCUCCAAAUAUAACACCAGAGAUAUUAUUUUCGAAGUUAGAAGCAAAAUUAAAGGACACCAUACAGAAAGAGGGUGACCAACUAGUAGGUAAGCCGUUAUACAAUAAGUCGAUACCGGACAAGGAUUGGAAACAAUUAGAGACAUCGUUCAAAGAAAUGUACGAAGAGUACAGAUUGAGGAGAGAAACUCUUAUUACAAGAUUAGAAUGCACUAUACAAAGUUUUGAGUGGUCUGAUCGUCUCAAAUCAAAGAAAGACAACAUCCAGUCAACAUACAGACCGAAGAGAGAAAAUUUAAAAGUUAAACCCGAUGUUAAGUUCUCCGACUUCCUUGCGGCAAGAACAGCACUGUUACAAGUUGAGAAAACGUCGAGUGCGAGCGUGAGAAAGAAUACAAUGAGUGAUGUCAACAAAGUACUUAUAGGAAGGGUUCCUGAUAGAGGAGGUCGUCCCAAUGAACAACAGCCUCCUCCACCUGAAAUGCCUUCCUGGCAACAGCGGUCUGCCGCUCCACAGCGUGGCGGUCGUGGAGGCGGCGGUGGAAUGGGCGGAGGGGCCGGCGGAGAGAGGGGUCGUGGUGGACCCGGUGGAGAUAGAGGUCGUGGUGGGGGGCGCGGUGGCGGUCGUGGUGGUGACGGCCAGCAGCGCGGAGGAACGCCCCGAGGGGGCGGUCGGGGAGGGCGUGUUCAAGGAGGUUAUAACCAAUCUGUUGAUCAGAGACCUCAAACGAGUCCCGGAAUGAACCAGAACCAACGAAACUACCAAACGUACGAAGUGCCUCCCGGAGGUUACAACCAAGGCUACCAGCAGCAGAACAACUAUCAGGAUUACGAUCAGGGCAACCAAAACCGCGGUUACAACCAGGGGCAUGGCUUUAAUCAGAACUACAAUCAAGGUUAUGACAGUAGUGGGGGUUAUAAUCAAGGUUAUUCGACUCAAGCAGGUGGGGGUUACAAUAAAGGCUACCACAGCAAUCAACGCUACCAGAACGAGCACGAUGACCGCGACAACCGCAGAGGUGGCUACCGGGGAAGACGCUAACAUUUACUCAAAUUUUAUAACCUAAAUUCUAAAACCACACAAUUAACAACUAGAUUUGAACACAGUGACAUACAACAAUUUACAUACUAUUAUCACAGCGUAAAGGAAAACUAUCAGUGGGUAAAAUAUCGGUGUUGACACCCGAUUUCAGACGUCGUCCUGUCUUUGUCUAACUUUACAUUGUACGAUAUGUGAGAAAGAGAUAAAACGAAUGUGAUAUCGAAAUCGGCUUAACAUUCGCUUCUUCUCUUUCUCACAGAUGUUUUAUUGUAAAGUUGAAGAGAGAUAGGGAUAUGAGUUUAAUUUUAUCGUGCAUUGAAUGCUUUGACGUACCAGAAAAACAAUUAUUAAUAGUUGAAUUAUUAAUUAUUAGUAAUUCAUAGUUUUUUUAGAUGCGAUGAAACCGUCAAGUCGAUGACAUCUGAUAAUCCGACGACAUCCGAUUUCAGAUUUGUUUCGAUAUAUCUAACACAGACCUUUGAAGUCGUGCGAAAUGCCGCUUAUAGUCAUUGCCGUAGGGAUGUCACAUGAAUUAAUUAAUUUUUAUUUUGUCUCUUCCGUUUUGGUUUAUUGGUACCAUUGUUACCAGUACCAGGAGUAUAAUGUAAAGAAUAUUUAAGUACAUAUGAAUCUUUUUAUUAUAGUUCACACAAUGAGGUUUCUCGUACAUUUAGAUUUGUUCAACCCUAUACGACAGCUUGACCCGCCUAGACGUGUCCGUUGACCCACCGGUAGUACUUCUUUACUCUGACUAUAACCGCUAGUAUUCCAAUAGUAACUGUCGAUAUUUUAUACAUUGUAUGCGAGUCGAAACUACCUACAUACAUUUUUGGAAUGAUGAUAGAAACUGAGUAGUUGAAAAAAGCCGUGCAGUUUGUUUGUUCUAUCAUUUAGUAAUAGAUGUAUUUAAAAGUGCUACAUAUUUCUCAAUUUUCUAUCGAAUUUGACUAGUGUUGUAACCGACUUAUUUAUUUAACUAUCGAUAGCUGUUGCCUGGUUUGUUAAUUUCACUUUAUGUUUUAAUAUUUAAUAAACUCAGUUUAACUUUUUUUUAAACUAGCACUAACCGUCGUGACUUCGCCAAGGCAGUUGGAAGAAAUAUUAAUAAGUUUUGUUUGACUUCAAUCACGUAUAUGACCAUAUUUAUUCUUAAUGUGCGGUGAUUCCCCUCUAUACCAAAUUUCGAAAAGCCUUUAUUUUUUCCCCUUGUCUCCUCUUCAAGUUUAUAUGUCAACGUAUGUGUAGUUAAAUUUGUGCAAUGAUAAACAGUGUGUCAGGACCCUUAUAAAUAGAUUUAAUGAUAACACAUUGCUUUAAAAUAACCAAUAAGCCAAUAGACUAUCUAUUUAAAUAUUUAGAUGUUAUAUAUUUAAAAUGACUGCCUCGUUUGUCUUGUGGCUAGUAAGGCCGUAGAUCUCUUGGGUUCAAACCCUACGUUGGCCAAUAAAAAAAUAAAAUGGUUUUUCUGUCAAAAUGUUGUAACUGUUCAGUGUUCGGUGAGCACGUAAAGCCGAUUGUCCUGCGUUUGAACUCUCCGCUCAUGUUCAAUAGAGAGUGCGACUGUAUGUACUAAAGUAUUGCAAUACACCCAGUGCCUGAAGCCCUUUGGCUGAAAUCGGUGAUCGGAACAUCAAUAUUUAUAAAUUGCGUUCAUUUUGAACAAAUCGAUGAUUAAAAAAAAUUACACUUUCAAUGAGUAGUACUAAAGGUAUAUCGAUAAUUCCUUAAUAAUAAAAAUUACCGAUAGUUAAAUAUAAAAAAUAUAUCAUUAAAAAUAAAAUACAUAAUAAUAUAUACUAACAUUUUUGAACCGUGCAAUAUUGUUCACAAAACAUGUUACGUAAUUAUUUGUAAUAUUUGACGAGGUUAUGUCGAAAUUACACAACAUGCUUAGCAAG